AUGGUAUAUUACUCUCUAGUUGUACUAUGGACAAUAUACAGCCUGGUUCAACCAGCCUAUAGUUUGAUAAAAUCACAAAAAACCCAAGAACCCAUCCUCUACAUUGUUCCACAUGGCCAUAACAUUCAAAAAAGGGAUGCUAAAGUAUACAAUACCAGUGCAUCCAGCGAAGAGAUUCUGAAAGAUGUAAAGGAGUGGAUAGGUGUAAAGAAUAAGGAUGAGCUGAAUACAUCCCCUUUGCUCGAUGCAAAUGUUUCAAGCAUAUUCCCAUCCAAUAAGGUACAAAAGGGUAGCUCUCUAUUAAGUGUACGGAAUGCAUCGAUAUGGCUAGGGGAGAGAGUAUUGUUCGACAAUAUUUCAUUAUCUUUACACGCUGGUGAUUGUGUAGGAAUAGUAGGAAAUAAUGGCACGGGGAAAUCCACAUUAUUCAACUCCAUAUAUAGCCGUUUGUCUGGUAAGGAUUUUAAAAAUCUGGCCAUAUCUAUGGAUGUUGUAUUCAAUUCAGAGGACAAUGAAGAUGUAAACACAAGCAGAUAUUCGUACUUGUACACCAUCCUAUCUAGACUGAUGGAGAACCAGUCUAUAGAUGAUGAAACUGUUUCAAAUGUUUUGAAUGGCAAUUAUACAGCAGAAGAAGAUAAAAGCACUAUUUUUACCUAUAAUGUAUCCGGAGUUGGUUACAUGAAACAGGAUUACACACUAGACCUUAACCCGGAAUCACGUGUUAUUGAUGCAAUAUCAGAAGUUUUUGAUACUUAUAAUGUAUGUAAUAAUGUUGUAAAUUUUGUCGAGAAGAAUCUUCAGACUUUCAACAAUCUCGCCCACUCUACUAUUGAGGAGGUAGCACGGGUUACAAAGGAGAUUCUUAUGCUCUAUAAUUUGGAAUCAAAGGUUAUUAGGACACGAUUUAAUGAUAUAAAGAUUUUGAUAAGGCGGUUAAUCAACAUAUUUGGCAUGGAAGAAGUUGUUGAGUCACAAAUCAAAACUUUAAGUGGAGGAUUUAGAAUGCGAUUAUAUCUAUUGCUUUUGCUUAUGCAUUCCCCGAGUUUAUUACUCUUAGAUGAACCUACAAACAAUUUGGAUAACAUAACUGUGGAGUUUUUGAUUGAAAUUUUAAAGUACCUUAUGAAUUCUUGCGGACUAUCAAUUUUUCUAGUGAGUCAUGAUACACGACUUUUGAAUGCAAUUUGCACUUCAAUACUUCUUGUAUCAGGAGAUGGAAAAAUACAUUCACAUUCAGGAAACUUUGACGAUUUUAUAGAAAGUGGAUCUUCAGCUACUGACAUUAAGGCCUCAAAAAUCUUAAAAUUACAAAAGUCAAUAUCAAGAUUAACGAGCGAAAUAAAGAUUGCAACAGAUUCCACAAAGGGCAGUCAAAAGGCAAAAAAAGUUGCAAUCUCCCAAAAGACUGAGUUACUAAAGAAACAUAAAGCUGACCUAGAGGCUUUAAUGGGAACUAAUGUUUCAAAAUAUACCAGUUCCUACGACAAGUUUUUGUUCAAAAAGGAUGAAGAAAACGCUAAGAAGAAAGAGAAAAGUGGUCGUUCUAUAGACAAAAUGGAUCAAGUAUUUGAAAAGAAAUUGAUAUACAACGAUCUAUUAAAAAAUGGAGAACUGACUAAAGACGUAGACAAGGUUGCCAUUUUAGAGGGAUUAACGCUAAAAACUGCUGAAGGAAAGAAAAUAUUUUCUAACUUGAAUCUCGACAUAUUUCCUACAGAACGCAUUGUCCUUUUAGGUAACAAUGGUAUUGGAAAAAGCACUCUUUUGAAGCUCUUGUACAAGUCCCAAGAUGUGCGUUGUUUUGAUAAUGAAACCGGUUACAAAUCUGAAUUUGUAGAGGGUAAAGGUAUUCAAAAGAUGAAAAAUAUAACUUCUUUAGAGAAUAUGAAAACAGAAGUAGGUGAUAAACUGGCAACUGAUGAGGAAUUCACUUUCAAAAUGGACGGUGGAUCGAUGCUAAUAUCACCACUUGUGUCUAUAAAGUACUACUCACAAAAUUGUUCUAGCAUUCUAAACUAUACCCAUACAGUACAAACACUCCUGUCAGAACAUGUUUCGGUAGAAGAUCUGAAAGAACUCUAUCAGUACCUCUCCUGUUUUUAUUUGGAAGAAUUUAUGGAUACACCGGUAUCUGAGCUUUCGUUCGGAGAGAGAUCACGUCUUUUGCUAGCACUUUUGUUUUUGACAGAUUCAAAUUUCCUAUUGUUGGAUGAACCUACCAACCACCUGGACGUGUUUAUGCAACACAGACUAAAAAUUCUUUUGCAAAAGGUCUACAGGGGUGGAUUCAUAUUGGCUACACACGAUCUCAAGUUUAUUAACGAGCUUGGUUGCAUCGAUUCCUACAUUUACAUACAUUCUCCUAAUGCAGUAUUCACCUUCAACAAUCAGUUCGCCAAAGCAUACGCAGAGUUCAGGGAGCAAAAUCCUCAAUCGGAUAACUAUCAACUCUAUCAAUUCCUCAAGAGCACAUCUGAAAACCCAAACUAUACUAGAGUUUACACGCCGCGGGAGUCGCAAAUAUGUACGCGCGAAGAAGAGAAACGUCAGGAAAAACGCAGAAAAACGUUUGGAGGCGCAAACGCAGUACCUAUGCGCAGAAUUAAAAAUAUAAAACGAUGGAAUUAG